UGGAUGUCUAGCGCGUAGCCGAUUGGCUGAAAAUGACAUCACCACUCGAGGUUUAUUGUGAGUAAGAGGAUGAGCUCAUCCUUCAGAAUCAGUCUCUGUGAGAAGGGACAGAAAACAGGACCUCGCUUGCGUGGCUUGACAGAAUCUGCAGACCUGCUACUGAGACCAUCUGUAACCGAGAAAAGGACGCAGUGAAAAUUACAAUAUGGUUUGGUCCAGGGAAGGAGAGAAAGAAGGUCCUCCUCUGUCCAUCAUCCUGCCAAGGCUCUACCUGGGAGCAGAGAGCGAUGUGACGCAGGACCGACUUGCCUCUCUGGGUAUCUCCUACGUGCUGAGUGUGAGCCGUUGCAGCCCCCGACCCACCUUCCUGCCCUGCUCUAGAUACCUCCGCAUCCCCAUUGAUGACUCUCUGUGGGAUGACCUGCUGCCCUGGAUCCCUCAGGCUCUACACUUCAUCGACUCUGCGAUGUCUUCUGGUGCAUCUGUGCUGGUUCACUGUGCAGCUGGAAUCUCUCGCUCUCCGGCCCUGGCUGUUGCCUACAUCAUGUAUAGCUCGGGAAUGGAUCUGGAUCAUGCCUACAGGUUUGUGAAAGAACGCCGACCCUCCAUUUCGCCUAACUUCAACUUCCUGGGUCAGUUGCAGCACUUCCAGCAUCAGAAGGCCGCCAGUGACCAUUUAGAAAGGCAGGAGCUGGACAACAGCCUACCAUCCAUCAACAAGAGUAACAAUCACACACCCAUGAAUCCCAACACAAAUCAUCAGACGAACGUCACCUGUGACAACUUAGGAGAAGAGAUGCAAACACACAGAAAGAAUUUCUACCAGCAUAGACAUUCCACUCCAGAUGCAAAUGGGAACCAGGAGAUUUCCUUGUCAGGAAACCUUUGGACACACAUGAAUAAUCAGGAGGAAAUCCAGACACCGAAUCCAAGCUUUUGUGUAUCAUUUAAACCAUCACCGAAGCCCUCAAAACUACAUCUCCCAUCAGUUUCUGCUUCUCUCUCUGAGAGACGCAAAAGCCUCAGUCUCUCCUUGACCCCCAUGGGGAUCUGCCCUCCCUCGACGACAAGCAACAACAAGCAAGCGAAGUGCACCGAUUUGUCCGUAGGUGUCCACAAGAGGGAGACGGCAGAAAAAAUGGAGGAAAAAGCGUUGUUUAGGCAUACAGGGGAGACACACAUGGAGCAGAGUCCUUCAUCUGAAAAACACAACACCUCUCAGGUGAAGGAGCAGGGCCUGCUGUCACCGCUCAGCUGCACACUCAACAAACUGCUGCACUGGGGAGAGCGAGUGCUGUUGGGGGGGGUCUUUGCUCACCCUGUCAAGAUGGGACAGCCUGCUUUGCCAUAUCGAUGCUAAGUGGGACCCUUUAUUGCAUGUGUUGUGUUUAUGCAUGUUUCUCCAAAGGAAUAACAUCACGUGAUGUACGCAGUACGCAGAAGUGCUCUGCAGGUACUUCUUAUUUAUUGCUGAGAUGAGAGAAUGAAUCCUCAAUUAUCUGCUUAAUUUGUCUCAUUUUGUCAU